ACCACUAAUUUAGGGUUCUCCACUCUCAUUUGUCAUGCGUCACUCGCCGAGCUUACCAAGCUUACUAGUAUAUCGUUAUUUUGAUUACUUUUGAUUUAUUAGCUAAUUGAUAAUAUAUCGGAGAAAGCGGGCUCGGCAUCACCGGUAUCGCCGAAGGGUAAUGGGAAUAAAUCCCUUACUUUGGACACUUUUCCUCUGUUUCUAGAACUCACUCUUCUGUAUCUAGUCAUCCUGCAGUCUGUCAACCUUCAAUAUAUCGAUUUUCCAUUAAUAAAUCGAUUACUUUCCAAUACCAUCGAAGAGGCGCCUACAUACAUAACGAGCCCUCAUCCAGGAAGAGGCAAUGGCAACAUCUUGUUCUACUAUCCAGAUGUUCAUGGCUUCUAUAACAACGCUAUGCUGCUAAUGGAUGCUUUUGCCGAUGCCGGAUAUACCGUAUUCGGGAUUGAUUAUUUCAGAGACGAUCCGGUGUGGAAACAUCGCAAAGACAAAGAUGACAAGACCACAGAUCCAGACUUUGACCACGCAGCAUGGCGAGACAAGCACGCCAGCUUUGCCCGCGCCACCGUGCCAAAAUGGACAAAAGCCAUAGCUGCAACAUACGGCAAAGAGACCACCAAGUACUGCUGCGUAGGCUAUUGCUUCGGCGCGCCAUACGUACUCGACUCCUUGACGGCCGACGGCUUCAUUACUGCUGGAGCAUUUGCACACCCAGGCGCCCUUACUGAUGAGCAAUUUCACAAUCUUGCGAAGCCGUUAUUACUCUCGUGCGCGGAAAAUGAUCAUGCUUUCCCGCCUGAGAAGUGGCAGAAAGCGGUGGGGAUGCUAAAGGAAGGUGGGAAGAAGUAUCAGCUCCAGUUGUUCCAGGGUGUUAGUCACGGCUUUGCUGUGCGUUGUAAUCUGGAUGGUCCGUAUGAGCGGUAUGUCAAGGAACAGAGCUAUAGGAGUAUCGUUGAGUGGUUCAAUUUCUGGUUAUCGCAAUAGUUGUCGUCCAUGCGAAGAUCCAGAGCAGUAAGUUGACAAAAAGCAUGAUCUAUUCCACCACCGAUCUAAGUCAUUUCCAAAUGUUAAACCGUAUCCCAUUAUUGCCCCACUUUGUAACAUUAAUAAUCCAUCUAUGGCUUUAUGCUUGUUGCUCAACUAGCAUUUCAGACUUUUCUGAGUCGC